AUGACAAUUCAUUUCAAAAUCGUUGCUUACAAUAUUUUCGAAGGUGGAGUCAAUACUUCUAAUCCUACUGGCAAUGAACAUUCUUUCAAUCGACUUACUGCUAUUGCGGCUUUUCUACGAAGUUUAAAUCCAACAUUAGUCGUUCUCACGGAAUUGAAUGGUUUUGAUAGUUUACGAUUUUCCGAUUUUGCCAAUCAAUGGAAUCAUCAGUAUACUGCUUUUCUUAAUGCUUCUACUGGUUUUCAUCUUGGAAUUUCAUCAUUAUUUCCAUUGAUUGAACUUGCUCAAGUGAAACAUGACAUGCAUCAUGGUGCUCUUCUAGUCCAAGUGAAUUUCAAUGAUGAAAUGAAGAUUGGUCUAGUGGCAACUCAUUUAAAUCCAUCUACAGCAUCAGCUCGAACGAUCGAAGCAAAAAUGAUCAUUGAUCAAAUAAAAAAACAAGAUCUACAAGAUUGGAUCAUUGCAGGAGACCUGAAUUCAUUAUCAGAACAUGAUGCUGCCUACUAUCAACCAUCGACGAAAAUUCGAUAUGCAAAAAUCAUUCGAUGGAAACCACCAAUAGAUCUUGCUUCAGAACCUUUUCCAAAUGGUUCAUUUCAUGCGACAUCAUUUGGUCCAUGUUGCCCACAAGCAACUAGUCCAAUAUAUAUUCCUAAACAAGAUGAACAAUGUCUCUAUCUGAAUAUCUAUAAACCUAUAGUUUCAUCAAAUCAUUCAUUAUUACCAGUAUUUGUCUGGAUUCAUGGUGGUGGUCAUAGGAGAGGAUGUUCAUCACAAAAUAUUCCAUUGUUAUAUAAUGGUACAAAUAUGAUUGCUCAUUCUCCAGCAGAUCAAACAGUGAUUGUAAUCACAAUUAAUUAUCGAUUAGGUGUAUUAGCAGAUAUGUAUUUAAAAGAAUUAAUUGAAGAAAAUCCGAAAUGGCCAACUGCUGGUAAUUAUAUGUACUUAGAUAUGUUAUCUGCAUUACGUUGGAUAAAGAAAAAUAUUCAAGAUUAUGGAGGCGAUCCGAAUAAUAUUGCCUUAUUUGGAGAAAGUGCUGGAGGACUUUCUGUUAUUGAUCUUGGUGCUAUCAAAGGAUCAGUGAAUCUUUAUCGAACAGCAAUAAGUCAAUCAGGUUUAGGUUCACCUGGUGCAUAUUCAUCUUAUUAUAAUAUGAGUCAUGCUUUGAAUUAUUCAAAUUCAGUUGUUCAACAGUUAAAUUGUGCUAAUGAUGAUCAAGAUAAAGUACUUUUAUGUUUACGUAAUUCUUCAAUUGAAGACUUAUUGACAGCUUAUGGGAAUCGAUAUACAAGACCAAUAAUUGAUAAUUAUUUUUUUCCAAGAUAUCCUCCAUUAGCAAUUAAAAAUGGAAUGUAUAAUAAAGAUCUUAGUCUUAUUAUGGGUAAUAAUGAUGAUGAAAUAGCAGUGUGUUAUGCAUAUCCCGAUAUAAAUUUUAAUGAAACUGUUGCAUUAUUAUCUCAGUAUGUCGAAGAAAAAUGGAUCUCAAGAAUUGUGGAUUAUUUUCAUUUAAAGAAUUGUUCGUCUAAUCGAACUGCUGAUAUGAAUCGUUGUUGUGCUAUAACUCGUUUAAUACUCAUAGAUAAUCUUUUUGAUUGUAAUGUUCAUCGAUUAUACGAUGCCUUAUAUUUAAAAUAUGGCUCAGAAUUGGAGCAAAAUAAAUUAUUUUGGUAUCAUUUAAAUUGUCAUCCUGAGUGUGCUGUAAGACGUUAUAAAGGUGUAUGUGUACAUACAGCAGAACUUCCAUAUGUAUUUGGAACUGUAAGUGAUUAUCUUUCGGUCGAACCAGUCAAUUGCACAUGGGAUAAUUCAUCACGAAUAUUUUCAAAUGAAAUCAUUUCAUAUUGGAUUAAAAUAGCUGCAACAGGGAGGCCAUUCAGUCAAUGGCCAAAUUAUGUUCCAUUUACAAGAGAAUAUUUCUAUAUAACACCUGAUCAAAAUUUUUCACCGAUGACAUGGAAUAGAAAUUGUUUGAUUUUUGAUCAAAUUGAAGAACAAGGAGAGAAAAAAGCAAGCAACAGAGAACAUAUAAAUUCACAAGCAUCUCGCCAUUCUGUACCAUUUUACAAGCCGCCAACACCAAUAAGAAAAGAAGAAUCAGCAUAUAGGAUGUCUGUAUUGAUGGGAAAUGAUUUGCUGGAACGUCUAAGUUAUUACAAUGCUGGGUAUUAUUGCAUAAUCGAAAGGGUUGAAUUUUUUCCUGGUAUUAUUCGUAUUUGUAUUGAUGAACGAGGAGAUAAUUCACUUGGUCCUCUUCAAACUCCAAUGAGUUCAACAUUGGGUAUUCUAAAUGAAUCAUCACUAUUAGAAGCUAAAAAUCCUAUUGAUGGAAAAUUUUCUAUUAGCGAUGGAUCUCGUCAAUAUUCAGGUUACCUUGAUUUUGAAUUGGAUAGAUCGUUUUUGAAUGGUCAAAAUAUUAUUGGUUUUCAAUAUGGUAGUUGUGGUUAUUCAACGGCAAGACUCUUUCAGUUUGAUCAGGAGUUAAUUAGCAGAUAUCGUGUUAAGUCAGCAUAG